AACGGGACGCUGAUCACGCAGACUCUGAGCCACGCCAACCCCACGGCCAUCACCCCCGAGGAGUACUUCAACCCCAACUUCGAGCUGGGCAACAGGGACAUGGGGCGGCCCAUGGAGCUCACCACCAAGACGCAGAAGUUCAAGGCGAAGCUGUGGCUGUGCGAGGACCACCCGCUGUCCCUCUGCGAGCAGGUCGCCCCCAUCAUCGACCUGAUGGCGAUCAGCAACGCGCUCUUCGCCAAGCUGCGGGACUUCAUCACCCUGCGCCUCCCGCCCGGCUUCCCCGUCAAAAUCGAAAUCCCCAUCUUCCACAUCCUCAACGCCCGCAUCACCUUCGGGAACCUCAACGGGUGCGACGAGCCCGUCAGCUCCCUGCGGCACAGCCCCAGCAGCGAGGCGCCCUCGCCCAGCAGCGACUCCUCCAGCGUCAGCAGCUCCAGCUCCCUCGCGUCGUGCCGGGCGUGCGAGAUGGACCCGGCGCUGUUCGAGGUGCCGCGGGGGUACAGCGUGGUGGGCACCCACCAGGACGCCCUGCGGGAGGACGAGGACGACCUGCUGCAGUUCGCCAUCCAGCAGAGCCUGCUGGAGGCGGGCAGCGAGUACGACCAGGUGGGCACCGCGGGGAGAGCCCUUCCUCGGCCUCAGCCGCCCUCCUCAUCCUCAUCCAACAUCCUCCUCCUCCUCAUCACCAUCCUCAUCCAACAUCCUUCUCAUCCAACAUUCUCCUCCUUCUCCACAGCCUCAUCCAGCUCCCUCAGCCUCCUCAUCCAAC